AUGCUCCACGACCCGAAGCUACAAGGUGUCUACCUGGUUGUCGACGCACUAGAUGAGUGCGAAGAGGGCCUACCACAGCUCCUCGAGCUGAUCAUCGAGACCUCGCAAUCAGUCCCUGUCAAAUGGCUCGUCUCAAGCCGCAUCUCGUCGCAAAUCAGAGAAGAGACGUAUUACGUGGCGCAGGAGCUAGCACUUGAGGUCAAUGCGAAGUCGGUCGCAGCGGCUGUAGAUAGGUGUAUCAUGCACAAGGUGUCCCAACUUGUGCAACGGAAGGGCUAUCGAGACAACAUCGCGGAAGAAGUGCGUCAACAUCUAUUGUCAAACGCCGAGAGCACCUUCCUCUGGGUCGCCUCAGUCUGCCAGAAACUUGAGGAGGGGCGCCAUGGGAAUGUUCUGCAGAAACUGAAUUCGUUCCUGACGGUUCGCGAGGAGACAAUCUACUUUGUCUACCAGUCGGCAAAGGACUUCUUGAUGAAGGAGGCAUCCGACAUCGGCUUUCCCGAACAGCAAGCAGUCGUCCAUGGUCAGAUCUUCUCCAAGUCGGUCGAAGCCAUGUUCCAGACAUUGAAGCGCGACAUCUACGGACUGGAUAGUCUUGGAUUUGCUAUCGAGGAUGUCCCCCGCCAAAGACCUAAUCCGGACCCACUGGCGACGAUAGCGUACUCCUGUGUCUACUGGGUUGACCACUUGAUCGAUGCUAGUAAAGCCUUAGAUACAGCCGGUAGCGUACCAAACGACGAGGCGGUAGCUAGGUUCCUACAGAGUCAGGGCCUCUAUUGGAUCGAGUCGCUAAGUCUCCUCCGCAGCAUGUCGGAAGGGAUGCUCGCAAUGGAAAAGCUGCUACGACUGUUUGUCCAUGAGAGGCCGCAGUGGUUUGAGUGUAGAACAGAGUUGGCGGAGCAAUGGGGCGCGUGCGAGGUGACACUCGAGAGCCAUACCGACACGGUGUGGUCGGCAGCCUUCUCGCCAAACGAGCAGUACAUCGUCUCGGCGUCAAAUGACAAGACCGUCAAGCUCGAGAAGAACGCAAGAUUGGACGAUAAGGACCAAGCGAGGAGGCAGGUUGCUUUUGGGCCAGAUUACCCCAUGCCAUCUACUGCAAGUGACGUCGGCGAAGGGGAAAGCGGUGAUGGCAAUUCAUUCGUACCCGAAAGCCAGGGUGCUGAGAGCCUCGCCAAGCACGUGGCGCGAGAGCUGCGGGUGAAGCAGCAGCUGGCUCGGGUCCGUGAUCAGAGGACCACAAAACAAUUUCCAGGGGCGAGCUGCCUACUUACCAAUGUGUUCCCAAUUUCCCGAGGUCCUGAAACUGCCCCGUGA